AUGGCGCAGCUGAACGAGAUUCGCGGCCGUUUGGCCUUGAUCACCGGUGCCUCGGGCGGAAUCGGGGCCGCCUGUGCGCGCCAGCUGGCCGAGAGAGGGGUGCAUCUCGCCCUAACGUACUCCUCCAAUCUCACUGCAAUCACCGGUCUCGUGGACGAGCUCCGUUCCAAACAUGCCGGCGCCAACGCUCUGCGUAUCUCCAUCCACCAGGUCGACGUCGCCUCGGCCGACCAGAUCCAGGACAUGUUCCUGCAGAUCGACAAGGAGCAUGGCCAGCGACCGGACAUCCUGGUUUCCAAUGCCGGUCAUGGCAAGCGCAUUCCGCAGGUCUGGGACAUCCCACUCGAGGAAUUCGAUUACACCAUUAACGUCAACUUGCGGGCAUCGUUCAUCCUCGUCAAGGGGGUGGUCGAGCACAUGAAAGACCAGCGCUGGGGUCGCAUUGUCUUCAUGUCCUCGAUUGCUGGACAGGGGGGUGGGAUCAACGGAUGUCACUACGCCGCCUCCAAAGGCGGCAUGACCGGGAUGAUGAAGAACCUCUCCACUCGGCUCGCCGAACACAACAUCAGCGUCAACGACGUCGCGCCCGCCAUGAUCGGAGACACGGGCAUGAUUCCCAGCGCGCAGGCCAUUCCCGAAGUCGCGGCGGGCAUUCCGCUCGGUCGGCUCGGGGUUCCCGAGGAGGUUGCUAAUGUCGUGACUAUGCUGGUGACGACGGGGUAUAUGACGGGACAGAGCUUGUUGUUGGGAGGUGGGUUGAAGUAG